UCCAACAGCUAUUUAUUUUUCAACGGCUACUUUUUUUCAAACGGCUAGUUUUUUCUAACAGCUACUUCCAACUCUAUGUAAACCCGGCCAGUCCCCGGUUGCCAUUCACAAGUCACACUCCUUUGUAGUUCCCUCUCUGAUCGAAAUGAGUCAUCAUUUUCUGGUAGAUUCAUCGUCGUCGGAGGAGGAUGAUGACGACGAAUUCAUUCUUGCUACACUACACCAAGCACACACUCAAUAUGCGCUUUUGAAUGCUGCACGACCUGGGGGUUCUGUGCCUGGACGUCAGUAUAUCAACCGCAACAGAGAAGCCGGGCAUUGGAGGCUAUACGAAGACUACUUUUCAGAUGCUCCUACCUACGGUCCAACUUUCUUUCGUCGCAGGUUUAGAAUGUCUCGUUCUCUAUUUCUUCGCAUACUGCAAGCUGUAGAACAACAUGAUGAUUAUUUUGUGCAGAAAAGAGAUAGAAUCAGACGUCUUGGGUUAUCUCCUUUGCAGAAGAUAACCGCAGCAUUUAGGAUGCUAACUUAUGGAGUAGCAGCAGAUGCUACUGAUGAUUAUAUUCGGAUUACAGAAAGUACUGCUGUAGAGAGUCUUAAAAGGUUUGUGAAAGCUAUUGUUGAAAUCUUCGGUGAUGAGUACCUGAGAUCCCCAAAUGAUAAUGAUACAGCUAGAUUACUUACAAUUGGAGAGCAAAAGGGUUUUCCCGCUGAAGGGCACGCUCCAGAAGUGAACUACACCAUUAAUGAUCAUAAUUAUACAAUAGGGUAUUACCUUGCAGAUGGCAUAUAUCCUCAAUGGGCCACAUUUGUUAAGCCAAUACCAUCUCCACAAGGGAAUAAGAGGAAAUAUUUUACGAAAGUACAAGCAGCGGUGAGGAAGGAGGUGGAACGAGCAUUUGGAGUUCUGCAAUCUCGUUUUGCCAUUGUUCGUGGGCCAGCAAGAUUUUGGGAUCAAGACACACUAGGACAAAUCAUGACAGCUUGUAUCAUCAUGCAUAAUAUGAUCGUUGAAGAUGAGCGAGAUGCAGAAGGUGACCACCAUUUCGAUGGGAUGGGAGAAGUUGUGACAGCUUCUCAUCGUCCUACGGCUGAACUGCAAGCGUUUCUUCGAACUCAUCUAGCCAUUACUAACAGGGAAACUCACUCACAGCUUCGUGAUGAUCUAGUUGAGCACCUGUGGAAAAAAUAUGGAGGGGUGUAG